CUGGCGAGCUCUAGGAACUGACCUGGUACAGGCAAAGUGACAACUUCACAUGAUGUACCCACGAGAGUUCAACUACAACAGGCCUCCGUACCCUGUUACGCCACACGAAACGCACAAUCCGCCACCGUUGUCGCACCCUCCGUAUGUUUAUAAUCCCCCUCCUCGUUUCUCCUAUAACGCAUAUCCAACAGUAUCUAGCUAUCAGCCUAGUAGUUCCGCCUCCUAUGGCCACAUCUCACCAAAGCUCACGCACUAUGCACGAUACAUGGAGAUGAGUCCCAGGGAGGAAGCACCAGUGUUGCACCAUCUUCCACAGCAUCCAAGCACGCUGGAUCUUCGUCCGGAACACCCGCAUCAAGUCAUGGAGGGUUCUGCACAGUUGCUACCGAGCUGUGAGCAAGCAGCAAAGGCCGGAAAAACCACCGGAAAGAAAAGGAAGGAAAGAACAGCUUUCACUAAACACCAAAUACAAGAACUGGAAAAUGAAUUUCAGAGGAAUAAUUACUUAACCAGGCUCAGAAGAUACGAGAUCGCGGUGAGUUUGGACCUGACAGAAAGACAAGUUAAGGUCUGGUUUCAAAAUCGUAGAAUGAAGUGGAAACGGGUGAAAGGAAAACGGUUGGAAAAGAAAACUCCGGUAUCAAAAAGAUCGAGUACAAGUUCAGACGAAGAGAAACCGAUAAUGUAAAUGUAGAGAGCUAUGCACUUGUUUACAUUGAAGAUUCCCAGAGGCGUUUCUGAGAAGUUUGAUAUGAAGGCAAAACGUACGUUUGCGUGAAUCGAAGGUGAUACAAGGUGAAACCCAGAGACCUCGCUCUGAAACUACUUGUGAAAUCAAACAAUAUAAAACGGUAACGGAAAUGAAGAUGUUCUGCAAAUGGAACAAUCAAGUCCAUAUCUUGGUGUCUCCCUGUGAACUCUUGAAAAUUGUCUAUAGUUUUUUCGUUUAUAGAGCGUUUAUUUUGGAACUUACAUUAAUAGGCUGAUACCCACAGUUUGAAAAUUAUAACAGCUAGAGUUUAUAUUAAUAUUAGCGCCAAGAAAAACAGAGAAUAAUUUGAGUCGCAAAGGUUUUUCAUCAUUGCUUCAUUCGGUUCUGCAGAGUUCCGUCCAUGAAAUCACCCAUUAAGCUGGCCUUGAAAUGAUGUAUGAUACAAUCAUGAGUCUGUUUUCUCGAAAUAUAAGGGUGAUCAAUCAUUAAAUAUUUUUAACCAAAUAAUUCAUAUGGCUUGUCUUAACUUGUAGUGUAUGUUUGGUGAAAUGCUAAAAAAGUUACACGUUUAGAUACAUGCUUGUGUCCCACAUCCGUUCGAGCCUAACUUAUAUGAAGGUAGUUCGUUGUUCGUGGUUCAUGCUUUUAUGAAAGAAAAAUUUUGAAAAAGUGCUUUUCAAGUCAAAUUCUUUUAAAAAUAAAAAAUUCUAUAAUGUCUAUAAAUUCGGUUUUUAAGGUGAGGAAGAUUUUAACAACGUACCGCAUAUAUACGCAGAAGUAGAAGGAAAAGGGUACGAUUUUCGCACGCUUCAAGGAGGAAAUACAUCGGUGGGACUGCAAAAUAUCUGGUUAGGUUGAAGUCAAGGUAGUGUUGUUUCAGAUACGUGACUGUGAGGUAUGAUCGGAUCCAUCGAUAGUUUGUGCAACAUCCGUCACAUCCUGCAACAAUCCAAAUCACUGAAACAACAAGCAGGAAACUACUUCAUUUUAUAGAAUUUGUCUUUAAAAUAAAACGACACCUGUACGAAGGGAGAAAAGCUGAGAAAAACUAAAAUUUGCCGAACAAUUUUGAAUAAUAAUAAUCUUGAAUAUAAUAAUUUUGAAUAAUAAUAAUAAUAGUAAUCUUCAAUUCAUAGACGUACCGGAAAUAUUAUUACCGGGAGUUUUGAACUAAAGAUCGAGACACCUUUAAAAGUAAUCUAAUUUUUCCUCUUCUUCCUUUUCCAUAAUUGCUCAACUAUACAGUGUGAGAAACACUUUUCAUCUUAUCUGAUAUAUAAAUUUUCUAAUGCAUUCUCGUCCACAUUUCGAGACUAAGGUCUUUUUAAAAAUUAUGUGGUUAUUCGUGAUCAUCACAGGAGUAACAUUAACAAACACUCGGAUGUAUAAUUACAAUUAAAGAUUGCAUUCUAUCCUGUAGCUGUUACACGUUUAAGUAAACAGAAACAAUAAUAAAAUUCAAUACUAAUUCAAAGAGGUACCAACAAUAUUAUUGUAGCUUUCGGGGGAUGAAUAUACCUGUAAUGAAGGACAAACUGUCCAUUUCACAG